AUUUUCUUCCGGGGACUUAUCCUCGGAGGCGGACAACGAUGUGCCUAUGCCAGGCCCCGCAGGACAGCCGGGGCAGGCGUCGACGGGUGAGAUCUACGGGAGCGGGGUGCGGCAGCCGGGAGGGCCCCCGGGGGGCAUGGGCCCCACCGGGACCGCCGUCGGGGGCGGGGGUGGGGGUGGGCCCCCCAACGCUGGCGACCUCUCACUGAACCUCAACAAGGCCGGCUCCAAGACCACCAGCGCUCCCUCGAGCCCGGCCAAGACGAGAGAGUCCCUCCUUCAGCGCGUCCAGUCCCUCACCGGCGCCGCCAGGGAUCAGGGCGCCACUCUCAUCGGUAACAUAGGAGCUGUGGCGGCGAGCGCCGGACGGCCGUCGUACAACAAGGAUCGUUGCUUCACCCUCCUCGUCAUCGAUGAUCAAAACACGGAUUG